AUUCAUUAUUAUGCCUCCUAAAGCAAAAAAGAUAGAUCCAGAAUUACAAGCUGUAUUGAAUUAUUACUAGAGUAUUUUAGAAAUAAUUUGAAUAAUGGAAGGAAAGUGAUGAAUACAGAAUCUGGUCAGAGUUGUAAAUCAUUUAUAAAUCUAUGGAAAAUAAUAUAUCUGAAACUUCCAAAGACUUGACAGGCAAUUGGCAAGUAAACUCUUCUUUAAAAUCAUUUCUUUCAUUUAGGUUUAUCAUGAUAAAUUACUUGAAGUUUGCUAAUCAUUCAAAUGCAAAUCAAAGAUUAAAUAAAUAGAGCAUUGUCAUAUGAGAAGUGCCUUCUUUGCAGUUGAAGAUGUGGAAAUCAAUAAAACAGUAGUGAAGCAAUAUCUAGAUGGAUUUUAUUAUUCAGUUGAAAAGUAAGAUAAAGACAGAGCCAAACAUGUAAAAGAAUUAUUUGCAAAAAUUGCUAGAAGUACAUGAAUAUUUAACUAUGAUAGCAUUGGAGGAUCAUAAGUUUUUUGACAUGAAUGCAGAAAAUUAUAUUGCAGAAAGAAAAGCAUUUGUAGGACUUCUGAAUGAUUUUUUGAAAAAGCUUCCAAUUCUAAUUAAAUCUAGUCAUAAAAUAAUUGAAGAAAAGUUGAUGCUUGUAUUGGGGCCUUUGAGAGCAUUGUUGGAAAUUAACAAAAAAAUGAUGUUCUUUGAUCUUGUUAAUACUUCAAAUUAAGCAAGAUAAACAAAAGACUUUAUUUUAAAGGUUGUAUAUUAAAAUGAUAUUAAUUAAUAGGCUGAUAUUGAACAAUAUUGUAUAUGUUUACAAGAAGCUUAAAGGUUAUUAUUAGAUUCAAAAGCUAUAUCUUGCAAUCCAAAUGUUAAAUUGAUAUUUAAUAAAUUGGGAUAUGAAGGGUGGUAGUAAAAUAAGAUUGAGUCUUUCUAUUUAACACCUUUGCAAGAAGCGUUUGAUAAAAUGAGAAAUAAUUUACUUUGCUUAAUGUUAAAAGGUAUCAAUUAUUAUAAGGCACCUAUGAUGGAUAAUACUGUAAUAAAUAAAAUUAACAUUAGUAAUUUGUUGAAGAUGUGAAGGAAUUGAUAGAUGCCGAAUUAAUAGCUGAACAUUUGAUGGGAACACCAUUAAAAAGAGAUUAAAUCAAUUUUACAUUUAAUGUAUUAAGUGUAUUAUUUAAUUCAAAUGCUCAAGCAAGAGAAUUUCUUAUAAAAAGAGAUGAUAAUUGUGUUAAGGGAAGUAUUCCAAAAUUAAUUACUUAUCAUACAAUUUUAUAUAUGAGAGCAUGGAAAGAUAGAAAAAUAGCAGAUGAAUUAAAAGAAUAAAAAUAAUAAUAAAAAACAUAACCUUUAGCAUAAUCAAAUUUGUUUGAGGCUUAAUCAGCUAUGUCUGGUAUGUCACCAGAUAAGAAGAGAUAAGCAGAUGAUGAUUUAAGGAAGAAAGAAGAAGAAAAUAUGAAAAUAUAAGAUAAAAUAGAUUUUGAAAAAUAUGGUAGAUUUUGGAUAUGGGAAUAUUAUGCUUAAGAAUAAAUGAAAGCUAAUUUUGAAGAAUGUGUUGAAUUGAUUAGACACAUUAAUAAGGCUGUUUAAUAAGAUAUAGAGGACGUUAUAAUAAAAGAAGGAAUGGUUCCAAAGUAUUUUAUUUAUUAAUUUUUAGAAAUCGUCCAAGAUAAAUUUAAUAAAAUGAUCCAAGUCAAAUGUUUAAUAAAUUAUAAGAGAAAGACAAUUCAAACAUUUAUGUGAUCCAAAGGAGACCACCAGAAUUAUGGAACUAUCCAAAAAUUGUAGAAGAAUAACAUGAAUUCAGAGCCAUUGCUAAACCUAGAGAUUGCUAUAAAGAUGGAAGAAUUUAAAUCUUAGAAAGUAAAAUGGAAUAAUUGAGUGCUCAUUUAGAGAAUAACAAACCUCAAAGUUGGAAUGAAUUGAUUCAUAGAGUUAUUGAUGCAUUAAGCAAUUCAUAUAAUAAGAAACCUAGUGCAAUUGAACCAGGAAAAUGAUUUAAUAUUAACUCAUUAUAUAGAAAAGAAAUCAG